UUCAUUGUUUAACAUUCGUCAAUAAUUAAUUGCUGGCUUUUUCAAAGUCUAGCCGGCCUUCAUAUCUAUUUCUCAAUUAGGAGAACAUUAUUGUAGGUCAUCCUCAUCAUCAUCAUGUACUCAUCAUCAAACCCAAAUGGUUACAACAAGUACGCAUCAGAGCAGCUGCAUCAUCAGGGUGGGCCGCCCACGGGGAUCCCAGUGAGCUCGAGCACGGAGCCCUAUUUUAGCACCAGUCAGGAUCAAGACACCGACAGCCACAGCCACCCUUACAGCCACAGCCAAGUCCCUCCUCAUCUCCGCCCUAGAGCUCCCGUGCCUUGGUCCUCUGGCCUCUGUGACUGCUUCUCCGAUCCCAAAAACUGUUGCAUAACAUGUUGGUGUCCAUGCAUCACUUUUGGCCAAAUUGCAGAGAUUGUGGACAAGGGUUCUACGUCAUGUGGUGCAAGUGGAGCGUUGUACACGCUGAUAUCGUGCGUGACAGGUUGCCCUUGCUUCUACUCAUGCUUCUAUCGAUCCAAAAUGAGACAGCAAUACGCCUUGGAGGAGAGCCCUUGUAACGACUGCUUGCUUCACUGCUUCUGCGAGUUCUGCGCCCUCUGCCAAGAGUAUCGCCACCUCCAAUCUCGCGGUUUCGACAUGGCCAUCGGAUGGCAUGGAAAUAUCGAGGAAAGGAACCGGGAAGUGGCAAUGACCCCUGUGCCUCCGGUGGUGGAGCAAGGCAUGAGUCGCGAUAAAUGAAACUUCCUAAAGCAUGAUUUAAGCCAGAAAAGAAGAAAAAACGCGAGCCUUUAUUUAUUUUUUCUUUCAUAUAUAUAUAUAUAUAAUAUAUAUGUGUAUAUAUAUUCAUUAAAUUAAUGUUUAUUCCGAGUUCAAUGUCAUGAUUUUAUAUAUAAUAAAAGAUGCAUGAAAUGUUGAAUGUUUGAUGUAAUUUUCUGUCGUGUAAACAAACAUAAAUAAAUAGAUUUGGAGUUCAAUAUCA